AUGGAGACUGAUGAGAGUUUGCUGCUCUCUAAUUGUGUUGUCCUGUUUGACAGGUGGAACUUGACAUCUUGUGGGACGAGUGUGGCCAGCUCGGAGUGCAGUGAGGAGCUGUUCUCAUCCGUGUCAGUGGGGGAUCAGGAUGAUUGUUACUCUCUGCUGGAUGACCAGGAGUUCACCUCUUUUGAUCUGUUCCCCGAGGGCAGUGUCUGCAGUGAUGUCUCCUCUUCUAUCAGCACAUACUGGGAUUGGUCAGACAGUGAGUUUGAGUGGCAGUUGCCUGGCAGCGACAUUACAAGUGGGAGUGAUGUGCUUUCUGAUGUUAUACCGAGUAUUCCAAGCUCUCCCUGUCUGCUUCCCAAAAAGAAAAACAAGCAUAGGAAUCUUGAUGAACUUCCAUGGAGUGCAAUGACAAAUGAUGAGCAGGUUGAAUAUAUUGAAUAUUUGAGUCGCAAAGUCAGUACAGAGAUGGGCCUUCGAGAGCAACUUGAUAUUAUUAAAAUUAUUGAUCCUACUGCUCAGAUCUCACCUACAGAUAGUGAAUUCAUAAUUGAAUUAAACUGUCUCACAGAUGAAAAACUGAAACAGGUGAGAAACUAUAUCAAGGAACAUGGACCUCGCCAGCGGUCUGCGAGGGAGAGCUGGAAGAGGAACAGCUACAGCUGUGCCAGUACCAGUGGUGUGAGUGGUGCCAGUGCCAGCAGCAGCAGUGCCAGCAUGGUCAGCUCAGCAAGCAGCAGUGGCUCCAGCGUUGCCAACUCCGCCUCAAACUCCAGUGCCAACAUGAGUCGAGCGCACAGCGACAGCAAUCUGUCCACAAGCGCUGCAGAAAGAAUCCGGGAUUCAAAAAAGCGUUCCAAGCAACGGAAACUCCAGCAAAAGGCGUUACGGAAGAGACAGCUGAAAGAACAAAGACAAGCUCGUAAGGAAAGACUGAGUGGAUUAUUCCUUAAUGAAGAAGUGCUGUCUUUAAAAGUGACUGAGGAGGACCAUGAAGGAGAUGUGGAUGUUUUAAUGUGACAGGGGUGAAUUUAUCAGUGUUCUUUCUAAGCCUUAAAUGUAUUAUCCUUAUUGUUUACAUAUAUUUCUUGACCAAAUUUGGAUUAGUGUUAACAAUACAAACCAGAUGUUUUCUCAAGUGUAAUUUUGCUAAGAAGGUCUAAGUAUUGAGUAACUUCAGCUUUUUGAGACUAAUUUUGCAACAAAGAAUUCAGAAACUUAUCUGUCUUCUGAAAGGCUGCUGAAUAGAUAUGAUUUUAAGGAUAUUUGAACUUGGCUAACAUGCUAACUUACUUGCACGUAAGUCUAGGGGUGCUUUUGGAUGACACAAAGCAUGCAUUACUAUGCUUCAGCAUUUUAGGUUUUUUUUCCAACUUAGAGAUAGUAUUACACUUGGCUUUUUCUGUCUUCCUUUCCCAUUAUUAGGAAGAUUGUUUAGCAUGAGGAAAAAUCUUUUGCUCUGUGGGGUUUUCUUCAGCCUUGCUCUUGAUUUGUACAAAAUCAAAGUACUAUUGAUACUUUUCUAAAAGUUGUGAUUUAACUCAAACUACACAGAAAACAAGAAGCAGGACAUCUAAUGCAGAGAAUCUGUAAUACAAAUACUGCCUAAUAAUGUAGUUCUUAGGAACCAACUAAAAUUUAAAAAACAACCCUCAAAAUAAUUGCGGGCUUUGUCUUCAGAAGGUUAUUUUGCUGCUCAGUAUCUUAUGAUUGUUACUAAUGGUUCACCAGCACAUCCCUAGUAUUUCUGUGAAAAGAUUCCAAUAAAAACACAUUUAUGCACUAAUCUACAAUUAAGUUGUCUAGGACACUACUUAAAAUAGUUAAAAACACUACUGGAAACAGAAGUGCAAACAAGUGGCACACAGCUUGAGUGGUUUUCUUCCCCAGAAGCAUAUUUAAAUAGAUUCAUAUUGUUGACAAAAGAACUUAAUUAAUGCAGCUGUACUUUUUUAAUUGUAUGUUUAGCUGAGGUUGUCUUCUGUGUGGGUCGUUACGCCAUGACAUUUAUCAGAAUUCUCCUUCUGCUGUCUAUCAGCUUUUGAAAUUUCUCAUGAUAAGAAAAUUAGGUAAAAUUGUGGCUUUCAGGUAGGGAAGUAGUAGUAGUUUCAACCUUUUUCUUAAUUCUGACAAUCUUUAAGAUGAUUUUAGUCUUUAUCUUGGAACUAGUUUUAUAGAACUCCUUCCCCACAUGGCUGAGAUAAAAAUGAUAAUUCUAAAUUUUAAUGUGAAAUUUAAAACUUUAUAAAAGCAUUUUUGAGUUCUGAGUUUAGGAAAUAUUUUUUUACUAUGUUGAUGCUUCAUUACUUUAAUUGUGCUCUUGAAUUAAGGAGUUUGACUGACAGUUUAUCAUGGCCACAGGUGUCUGUAAUUGUAGGAUACAGCCCAAUCCUGCAGAAUGCAUGUUCAGCUUUAGGACUACUGAUAUUAAUGUUCUGUGUCCUGCACAGUCUUAUUAGCCCUGACAGCUGAGGUAUUUUUUUUUCAGAAGUGGCAUUCCUUUUAGCCUCAAAAUAAACUGACCAAUAAAUUAUCUGAACAAUGGCCUCUGAAAGGGUUUUGAUAAGAAAUAAAUGAGGUCCAUAGUCAAACUAAUAUGUUUGAACUUAAUGCUGCUCUACAACAAGUCCCCAGGCUUAGCCAUUGAGUGACAAAAGGCAAGUAAUGUCAUUUUAAGCUCAUGUUAGCUAUCCCAUAUAGCCAGUUAUUUGUCCACUAACCACAGGUGUCUGUGACCUGUCAGUAUUUGCUUGUACUGCACUGUUGCUGGUUGAUGCCUCACUCCUGUAUAACCAAUACUGAAAACUUCUUAACACUAUACACUUUACUGAGAAUUUAGAUUGACUUAGAUCUGGAUCUUCUUUUAAAUACUUUGUAUGGAAGAUAAAAUUUAAUUGCUAUCAAUUUGGAUAAUUUCAGGGUGUGGUUGUUAAACUCUUCCAUGGUAAUGGAUGAAUUCAUCAUGAAAUACUUCACCAUGUGUACACUGUCACAGUUCAGUACAACCUUUAUUUUCUGCAGUGACUUUGAAAUGUGAUUGAAUUUUUUUUCUGAAGAAAAAUGCACACUUUAUACUGUAGAGAAUUGAAACUCUGAAGUGAAUUGUAAGAAAGGUGCAAUAUCUCAGUGUGGUGGAGCAUGAAAGUGUGCCACUUUAUUCUGUUUCAGCAGUUAUUCAGAGUUUAAAAUGCCUCAGGGUUUUGUUGAGAGAACACCCCAUCAUUUUGAUGAGGUACAGUUCAUUCUGGUCACCUGUCUACUAGCUUCCAGAGAUCAUGAAGUGAGGGAGGAUAGUAUUUCCAUCAUAGUGUGAGCAUGUAAGUAUAAAUUAUUCUAAGUGUUUAGGUGGGUCCAGUUGCUCAUCUGUUACAUUGGACAAAAAGGUCCUGGGUGCCAGAAUAGCUGAUUGUGCUUUGUUGUCUCCAGCAGGUACUUCAGUCACGUGUGACAGUUAAAAUGAUAGAAGAGAGUGGAUUUCCAGGGAUUCCAUGCUAAUAAUUUAUAGCUCUGAGAUCUCACAGAUCCAGGAUGCUCAUUAGAAUACAAAGAAUACAAAACUCUGAAUUUCUGCAGAAUAACAUCUUGCUUACCCUGAAUGUUCUUUGCCAAGUACUCAGAGAUAUAAUGUCUUUUCCUGAUCUCAGAGAAACAGGCCUGAAGUGACUGUGGGAUUCAAGAGUUCUCACAUACUUUCACACAUCUGGUUUUUUUUCCCUUUUGUUUUCUCAUCCCCUGUAGUUCCAGUGACACACUCUUUUUAUGGUGGGGGCAAAUUUUUUGUCAGAUUCAUGUUUUUCCCUGCAGCAUGCUCAAUGCUUACUCAGGAAUACCCCAUCCAUGGUGGUUUGAAAAGACAUGUAAAUAUGGCACUAAGAGACACGAUUUAGUGGUGGGCUUGGCAGUGUUAGAUUUACAGUUGGAGGUGAUGAUCUUAAAAGGACUUUUCCAAUCAAAAUCUAUGAAUUUCUAUGAAAUACCCAUGGUAUUAGUCAAACAGUUGGAAUGUCAGUAAAAUCUGGUCUUGCUGAUUUAAGUUUUGGCCAUUGUGGCUACAGGUGUAACUACUGGGUUCUGAUGAGGAAGAGUAACAGACCGCUAAAAUAAUGAAUCCUUGUUGUGGUUUUUCUCAAAAAAUAAAUCCCUGCGUUUUAUUAAUAGAGAAAAAAUGUCAAGCUUAAAAAUAACACAGAGACACGGGAAAAAGCUCAUAGUUACAUGGCUUCAUGGUACCUAAACUGUUUCUGUAGGAACUUUGUAUCCACUGCAGUGUGAAUAUAAUCAUUUUACACUCUGUAACAAUAACAGUUUGCUUCCAUGGUAACUUUUUCUCUAAAAAGGCUUAGAAGGAGCACUGAAAGUUUGAUUGCAAUAGGACUGUAAACAAGAGAGAACAUUAUUUUCUAAUAUGAUUUUAAAUAUGAGGAAGAAAGUUGGCAAACUUGGCUGAUUUCUUUGUAUCUAAUGUCAACUUUUGUUAAGAUACCGAUUUUUUUUUUUUUUUUAAUUUGGGAAGCUGAUAAAGAGAUGGUUACAAUGUGCUCAGUAUAGGGUGCUUACUCAGAAGAGCAGGAAAAGUCUUUGCAAGACUUUCCUGAGCUCAAAUGUUAGUUCUCAUAUUGUGGUUUGAAGCCUGUGAAGAUCAUUCUCUGGGGAGAAAACAAACCAACCAACCUGCUUGAACUUACAUGCAUUUACAUCAGAGUGCAUAUACAAUAUUGAAAGAUAAAAAUGGCAAUAUUUACUGUUCAUCUAUGCUGAAUGUCCUGAAGCCAUUUCUUUUCUCCUAACACUCUUUCAUCUUUGAAAUCAGUUGAUGCAUUGGUCUAUAAAUAUUAAUAAACCUGACUGUUUUGGGAGCUUUUAAAGUUCAUUCAUAUAAGCCAGAUUUUCAUGGCAAAUGUUGUUAGAUUUAUUGGUUUAAUGUUCUUAAACUGACUGAUCUUGCAGUUAGUUCUUGGGCACAGAAAAGUCAACAGUUGUCCAUUUAAGGAUUGCAAAGAUUAGUUUAUUAAUCUAUCAAGGGCAAAUCUAAGUAAUAUUCAAAGUUUGUCUAUUUUGACUGUUAACUCUGAUGAAUCAUAUUUGCAUUCUCUCUCAUCUGGCUAACUUUAAAAUAUUUCCAUACGACAAAUAAAUUCUUCAGUGUAAAAAAACCCAAUUGUGAUAUUGAAGCCUUGAAAAUAGUUAAUAACCAAAGCAAGGGGAAGGUGGGUUUUUUGUUUGUUUUGGGUUUUUUUUGUGGGGGAGAGAUGAUAUAGAUUAGAGUAUAUGGUAUUGCUUAAAUUGAGGGAUUUUUUCCCCAGGUUCUCUGCUAAUUAUAUGGCUAAAAUGCACUUUUGUAUAGAAAACCGUUCUCUGUACAUUCUGUAUCUACUUACACAAUGUUUAUAGAGAUUUUUCUGAAGUUGUGAAGGAUUUACUGAAAGCUCUGAUGCUGUUGAAUUCAAGUUUUCAUUGUAUUUGAAAAUAGUUAUGUGCAUAUUGAAGUACAGGUUGGAAUUAAAAUUAAUGAUAUAGCAAAGGUAUUCUUAUGCAAUGAUGUGGUAUCUUCUUCAGAGCAGGGGAAUUUGUAUACAGGACCUGCGGAGUCACUCUUCAGGCAGAAAAUACAAAUAAAGUGGCACAUCUUAACUGUU